GAGGGAGGGUGAAACACUGCCACACGAGGAGGCCAUGCCAUGAGACUGAGUGGGCGAGCGAGAGUGGAUGAGGAAGCUGUGAUGGUGAGCACAUGGGUGUGGCUGGUUAGCAGCCUUUCAGAAGUGACAAACAGCAGAAAGCACCGCGGAUGAAUCUGUGGCACCUCACAGGAUGAAUACCAAGAUGUAUUUUACCCACUUGGCCUGGUUCCUGUUUGUCAUGUUUAAAGUGUCAAGGGCUCUCACUCCCACACCCACGGAUCAAAUGCCGUCUGUGAGCAGCAAUACGACGAUGCCUACUGCUCCGACUCUUACUGCUCCGACUCUUACUGGAAGAAGAGUGGAAAUCAGAGUCACCAGAGAUGCUGACUCCUCACCGGAAACUUUGCCUUCUGAAUUAACCACAAACAAGAACAGUAGCACCAGCACCCGAGUCAAUGUCCACACCACCCCAUCACAAAGGAAUACUUCCACAGCUCCCAAUGAGGGGACAACCAAACCAAAAACAAAGUUCCAACCCACUCCAGCAUCUGCAGUGACAUCCUCUCCAUCCAUAACUGUGAAAACCACCAAAAAUGCAGCUCAUCGCAAUGUUGCCUGGGAUCCAAAGUGGGAUGAAGAUUUCAACUAUGAUUAUAAAUCCCUGCGCAUUGCUGGACUGUCCAUUGCAGCAGUGCUUUUCGUGGUGGGCAUUAUGGUCAUCGGCUGUGGCAAGGCCUGUCGGCUGUCCAGAUGUCACAAAAGGUCACCAAAAUCACACUGACUAGAGGAGAGGGAUCAUAUGUACAGUGAUAAAAGUGCAGAGCUGUAAGAAAGUCCAUCAAUAAAUAAAAACCUUGCAUCAUG